GGCCCUUAAUCUGGCGUUAAUCUAUCUUGUUACCUAAUGGUUUAUAUAAUCGAUGCUCUAGUUAAGGGUCACUAAUCUACGUACGUACAACGUACUUUGAUUUAACAGAGAACUUAAUAACUAGCCAUGAACGAUAAACGAUAUAAACGAAGGUAAAGUUAACUGACAAUCCAGUGAUCGAUUAGAUCUCAACAAGAACACAAAGCCGUCAGACAAAUAUAUAUUUCGAUCACUAAAAGAAAAUUCUUGUAUUGUGACGAAAUUUCCUUGGAAACUACUAUAAAUUAAUCAAAUUGUAAAGAUAACAAAUGAUUAUAAGUAGUUUAAUUCGGCACGCGUUAUUAAGUCGUAGUAUUACAGUAUAACUUAGCAAAUGGAUACACAAAUGAUGAUAAUAAUAUAUAAAUGCAUGUACCGACGCUUUGAAGUGUUGAAAUGAUAAUACUGUAGAAGAGAGUGCAAGUGAUCAAAUGUUACGAUGUUUUGUUUAAUGAAAAUUUAUGGCUGUCUUGCGCUCCACGAUGACAAGAUGCAGAUGCGGAGAACGCAAGUGACUAUCAUCAUCUACGUUCACACUUAUAUAAUAUGAUUGCCCUACACUAUAGUAUAUUACUAUAAAAGAAUGAUUCCUAGAGAAUGUAAGUUUUAUAGCCAGUUGGAGAAAAUGAUUGCGUUGAAUAAUACCAUUAAAUGGAUCGAAUUUACCAGAAUUUCAGUAGCAGUGAUUUAUAAAUGUAGCAUGAAAACUCAUCUUAAGUUAAUAAGAAAACUAAAGAGCCAACCACGCAUGGUCCAGUGGUAUGGCAUACUUGCAAAAGUGCUAAGCACCAUAGAUUCGAAAUCUACCAUCUCAGAUUUAUUCGUUUGUGUGACCAUGCAACAUGGAUAUUUAAUUUACAUUACGAAUAAUCAGGUUUGCCUGACACCAAUAAAUAGGUUCUUAAAGUAUUACUCCGUUGGACCUUAGUCCACCGAAUAUUCUCCAAUCGUAAAAAUAAAGAAAAAAAAAACUAAGAAUAUUUUCACAUCGUAAAAAUAAAGAAAAAAAAACUAAUUAAAGAACUAGUUACACUUGUAAUUUUGAUUGUCCAUAGCUAGUAUGAAACACAUAUUUCAGGUUGAAUCAGUUUAGUUUUUCAACAGAAACUAACACAAUCGUUUACCAAAACAUAUUGAAUAGUAAACUCAUCUAAAGUGCUUUACAUUAGAAAAUCAAAUAAGGGCCAAAAUCGAAGAUAACUUGACGGAGAAGAAACGGAAAAGGAGACGCACACAGCUUGGCAACCGCCCACGUUUACUUAUUAACCCCUUGACACAUUUAUCGAUGCACCUCUACUUCCACACACACACACACACAUGCUCUUCUUCACCUCUUUAUACACACAUUCACACGCCUGCACAAUACUAUUUAUAUAUAGUUACCAUAUACUCGAAUCAACACCAAGUGACCACUUGUGAAGACCAAAACAAUGAUGUUGCCGUACAACGCACACAACAGCUACCAGCACCAGUUCCCAUCGCCAGAGCUUGAAAUUCCCGAGAAGUGGAAGGUUCCCUACGGACACGAUGAGACUGCUCCACCUUGUCCUCGUUGUGCAUCUUCAAACACCAAGUUUUGUUACUACAACAACUACAGCUUGUCUCAGCCUAGAUACUUCUGCAAAGGUUGCCGUCGAUACUGGACCAAAGGCGGCUCUCUCCGCAACAUUCCCGUCGGUGGAGGCUGUCGCAAGAGAAGCAGGAGCAGAAAUAACAGUCACAAAAGGUUUGGUCGGAACCAGAAUCUGCAGCCAGAUGGUCUUAUCAACCAAGAUGAAGGUUCCCAGUCAAGCCAUGCUGGUUCUGAUAUUGAUCUGGCUGCGGUUUUCGCACAGUACGUGACUAACGGGAGCCCUUCGAGUACAGAUAACACUACCGGAUCUGAUCAAGAUUCACCGUUAACAACAACAACCACUCAUGCUUUAGAUUCCUUGACUUGGGAUAUCUGCCAAGAAACUGAUGUGAAUCUUGAAUUCUAUGGGACCGAGAAGAUCCAAGAUGGUUUUGGCCAGUUUCUCCAAGAAGAUGAAGAGGAGAUGUUCGAGUUCCAAGGUUUACUAGAUGACAAAGAGAUUCAAGAGAUCUUAGAUUGCUCAUUCACGGAGGAGCCAGACAAGUUAAUUUCUCAAGGGAGCUUCAUGAUCGAUGGUGAUCACUGGAGUUCAACAGAUCUUGCAACAUUCGGGAUUUGACCAGGAAGAUCUUUCCUUUCUUUUUAAUCGCAUAUACUUCAAUUUAUUACAAAUAGAAAACGUACUACUACUAGUUACACUGAAACUUAUUCUUAUAUAUUGUUCAUGAAUUUAUAUCACACAUGAACCCUCCCACGAGAUAGAAUCCGUGGAGUAGAUUACUGUAUAUUUCUCUUCAAAUAAUGAAUACAACUUACACUUUCUACAUAAGUAAUUUUACUGGCCAUGCUUUUGAAAUUCUUCUGCCUUGCCUUCUCUCCUUUCAGUUUUGAUUGUGGAACAAACCUG